AUGGAAUUAGAAGAAAUAAAGUCGAAUAUAGCAAAUUUUAUUCAACAAACAAAAACUCAUAAUCUUGGUUUGUUGAUGAAAUGGUUAGAAGAAGUUGUCGUUCAAUAUAAAGGAUCCGGUUUACAAUCAAUUUUAUGCGAAAGUCAAAAGAUUGGCGAAUUUCGUUUAUCAAAUGGUCAACGUUUUAUUUGUUCAUGUGGUCGUGUCUAUUCGACCGAUAUAACAAUAAAAGAACUGGCUACACCGCGUUUACCAUGUUCGUCACCUAUAAAUGAGGUUUCAACAAACAUUCCAUCCUCAUAUUUACCUCAACGACAGUCUCAUAACAUGUCACACAAUCAUCAUGAGGUUUUAGACCGACCCUUAGUGAAACGUGCACGAUUUGAACAGAAUCAACAAACAACACCGGUUGUUUUAACUGAUUCAUCAUUGCAAAUAGAAAAAUCACAUCAAACAACGUCUACAUCGUCUAUGUCUUCCACAUCAUCUUCUACAUCCGUUUCACACUUUAUUGCUCGACCAUCAUCUACUACAAAUGGAAAUUCCUCAUCAUCAAUUGAUAAUAAUUCCUCAUCAUUUCGUACCCUAAUGACUAAUAGAAUAUCAAAUGUGAACCAAAAUGCCAGUCCAAAUGGUGCUAUUAUUAAUGUUCGAGCGAUGCCAUCUACGCAUACUCAACUGACUGAACGCGAUGCCGAUAUGGAUUCAAACGAUAAUUUAGACAGUGAUAUUGAAUUAUCGAGCGAUGAAAAUAAUUCUAAUUUAGAUAAUUCUACAACAACAACAACAACUGAUCCAAUAACUUCUUCUUAUCCUCUUCGAAUUGAAGCACUUUCAAAAUUAACAGCCGCUGCAGCUGCUGCUGCUCUUGCUUCCACAAAAUCGAAUCAUAAUCGAUUAGCAUCAAUAUCGAAUGAUACUAAUCAUUCUGAUAGCGAAUAUGCCACCAAAGCAACAAUCAAUAAUUUUCUUUAUACGAAUGCUGUGUGGUCACAAAACGAUGUUGCAUUAAAACAAAUCGCAAAAGAACCUGUGUCACCUCCACCUCUCCAGCCACCAAUGACAACAGCAGCAAACUCUACGAAUAGAGAACAUAUCCAAUUAUCAACAAGUAGACCAAUGUUAAUCGCUUGUGAAGAUACUGAAACAUAUCCUAGAAUAACUUAUUUUAAAUGUACAAUAUGUCAUGAAAGAUUUGAUGAUUUAACCGGAGGUCAAGAACAUGUAGCUGGCGGAGAUUGUCAGUCUCCUUACCACGAUACAAAUGGUAUGGAUGAAAAUAUGUCUCAGACCUCUCCACAAUCUUCUCCAUAUCAUGACUCGAGUAUGGAUGGAAUGUUAGGCAAUACAAGAUUUGAUGUUAAAGCGUCUUGUCCGAUUUGUGGUAAAUUGUUCAGUAGUGUUCACACAAUGAUUCGUCAUAAAACAUCGAUACACGAUAAACAAGUUCGCUAUUGUUGCAAUAUUUGUGGAAGAUUUUUUUAUAGAAAAGAUAAAUUAACUUCUCACAUGGUUUAUCAUCAAGAUUAUGAUACAUAUGUCUGUUGCUUUUGUACGUUGGGUUGUAAAUCUAGACAGUUGAUGAGACAGCAUUUAAAACGAGAUCAUAUGUUUUCUGGCGAGGAAGCCCGUUUUAAUGAAAUAUUAGGCCGAUGUCAAGUUAAAAAAGCACUCGAUUUAGAAACAAAUAUGAGUAUAUCCUAUUCAGAGCAAACAUCAACAACAACAACAAUAACUUCAUCUCCUGCUGCUGCUACAACCACCACAACAUUAUCAGGUCAAACAGUAACAACAUCGUCACAUUUAACACCGCCAGAGCAACAUCAAGAUUCACAAGCAGAUACAAAAGCAGAUUAUACGCAAUCCAGUAACUGUAAGCGUUUAGUAUUUUCUUUUGGUUUACUGCUUUCAUGA